AUGGACACCCCCCACAACCACUACAACCAACCGGCCAGCAACACCAUGACACAAACCACCAGGAACCACCGCCAGCAACACCAGGACACCACCACAACCACCACAACCAAACCGCCAGCAACACCAUGGACACCACCACCAACCACCACAACCACCGCCAGCCAACACCAUGACACCACCACAACCACUACAAACCACCGCCAGCAACACCAGGGGACACCACCACAACCACCGACAAACCACCGCCAGCAACACCAUGACACAACCACCAGAACCACCGCCACAAACAACCAGGGACACCCCCACAACCACUACAACCACCGCCAGCAACACCAUGACCACAACACCCCAGAACCACCCGCCAGCAACACCAGGGACACCACCACAACCCACCACAACCACGCCAGCAACGCUGACACCACCACAACCACCACAACCACCGCCAGCAACACCAUGACACCACCACAACCACUUACACCACGCCAGCAAACACCAUGA